AGGAGGACCGUACCGGGGUCCAGACUGGGGCUGGGCUGAGCGAGAAGCUGACAGGUGAGCCCGGGCUCAGGCCCGAGGCCGGGGAACAGCGCGGCCCUGGAGGAGGUCCGGGAGUCCGGCGGGGUUGCUGGCGAUACACACAAUAUGACUUUGGCUGCUCUGCUGAUCCUCUGCCCUUUUUCCUUCCUCUGGGAUUGAUGAUCAUUGAACAGAACCAUCAGGGGCAACCUGGGUGGAGAGAACUUUGGAGUGGGGAGCCUAAAGCGCCCCUUCAGUCCGCAGAAGAUCAAGAUGCCACUAUGUCACUGUGCUGCAAGACACACUGACUCCGAUGGAGACUGGGGCUACCCUGGCAGCAGCGGCAUCAAGGUUCUCCUCCACUGGAGCAAUGGGGGUGACCCGUAUGUGACCUACAACCAGGGCACCAUGACUGCAGAGGAAAUCUGCAUUCACAUUGCACAGAAAGUGGGGAUCACCCCACUCUGCUACAACCUCUUCGCAUUAUAUGAUAACCAGGCCCAAAUCUGGCUGCCUCCUAACCACUUCUUUGAGAUCACCAAGGACACCAACCAGAUCCUGCAGUUUCGAAUGAGGUAUUACUUCCGAAACUGGCAUGGUCUGAGCACCCAGGAGCCAGCUGUGUACCGAAGCAUGCCUCGAGGUGUUGAGGUCUCUGAAGAGAAGAGCAUUGAGCAGGGGUGUGCUUUGCUGGACAAAGCCUCCUUUGAAUACCUCUAUGAACAGGGGAAGUUUGAGUUUGUCAAUGAUGUUGCAUCCCUUUCGGACCUGCACAGUGAAGCAGAGAUACAUCACUUCAAGAAUGAGAGUCUAGGCAUGGCUGUGCUGCACCUUUCCCACCUUGCCCUACAGCGUGGUGUCCCUCUGGAAGAGGUGGUGAGGAAGACCAGCUUCAAAGACUGCAUCCCUCGCUCCUUCAGCCGACAAAUCCAGCAGAACAAUUCUCUGACUAAAUUCCGCCUGAGAAAUGUUUUCCAGAAGUUUAUGCGACGUUUCCAUGUUCAGACAGUGGGUCCAGGACGUCUUAGUGAACAGGACAUUAUGUUCAAAUACUUGGCUACUCUGGAACAGCUGGCCCCACGCUUUGGCACCGAGCGCUUUCUUGCCCUGACUUUGGCAUUGGCCACAGAGGCCGAAAGGGAUCUGUGCUAUGUCAAUAGCAGUGAACAAGGGCCUACCGUUCCACCAGGAGCCACUCUGUCCCUUGCUGACCAGGCUCCCUCCCAUGAGGUUCUAGUGACAGGUACAAGUGGUAUUCAGUGGCGGCCUCUUCAGGUGGAGGAUUCUGACUUGGAAAUCAGCCACCCCCGAAGCUCCUUUGGUAAGAAGUCCAAGGCCCGGGAGGCAGAGAGCCGGAAGCCAAGCCAGCUGCCCACUGAAAGGAAAGAGAGCCCCUGGACAUAUUUUUGUGAUUUCCAAGAUAUCACUCAUGUUGUGGUGAAGGAGAACAACGUCAGCAUCCACCGUCAGGACAACAAGUGCCUGGAACUGACUCUCCCUUCACCUAUGGUGGCCCUCUCUCUGGUAUCCCUGGUGGAUGGUUACUUCAGGCUGACGGCGGACUCCAGCCACUACCUGUGCCAUGAGGUGGCCCCUCCGAGGCUGGUGAUGAGCAUUCAAAAUGGCAUCCAUGGGCCCCUGCAGGAGCCUUAUGUCCUGUCCAAACUGAAGCGAGAGGAGGUAGAAGAUGGUCUCUACCUUAUCCGCUGGAGUUCCUUUGAUUUCCACCGCCUCAUCCUGACUGUGGCCCGGAAGGACCAGGCAUUCGGAGCACAGGGUCUCCAUUACAAGCAGUUCCGAAUUGAAGAGCGGGGCCUGACCUUCCAGCUGGAAGGCUGGGAUCAAGCCUUUUCCAGUGUACGUGAGCUCACUGUGGCCCUGCAAGGCUGCACGCUGCGAUCCAGCUCUGGCUCUGGUCCUGGUUCCAGCCUAGAGAGCUUCACACUCAGCAAAUGCUGCCUGCCUCGAGCAGGAGAAAUUUCCAACCUGAUCAUCACUCGGCAGCGUCCUAAGGAAGGCCCCAAACCACUCAACUUGUCUCAGCUUAGCUUCCACCAAAUCCGAAAGGAAGAGAUCACCCAGCUGGCUCACCUGGGACAGGGUACCCGAACCAACAUUUAUGAGGGACUCCUACACGUGGGGGGUGGAAUGGGAGCUGAGGAUGAGGAAGAAGAGAGCAUCCCCUCAGAGCCCAACAACAACCAUCGGAAGCUUCGAGUGGUGCUGAAGGUGCUGGACCCAAGUCACCGUGAUAUUGCUCUGGCAUUUUUCGAGACAGCCAGCCUAAUGAGCCAGGUCUCCCACAUACACCUGGCCUUCGUCCAUGGUGUUUGUGUCCGGGGCUCUGAGAAUAUCAUGGUGGCAGAACUUGUAGAACAUGGGCCACUAGACGUCUGUCUACGCCGGGAGAGGGGCCACGUGCCUGUGGCCUGGAAGAUUACUGUGGCCCAGCAGCUUGCCAGUGCUCUCAGCUACCUAGAAGAUAAGAACCUGGUUCAUGGUAAUGUCUGUGCCAAGAACAUCUUGCUGGCAAGACGUGGCCUUGGGGAUGGCACUCAGCCCUUCAUCAAGCUCAGUGAUCCUGGAGUCAGUGUCACUGCCCUCUCCAGGGAGGAGAGGGUAGAGCGUAUUCCUUGGAUCGCCCCCGAGUGUGUACCCAGUGGAACUGGCCUCAGCACAGCCGCUGACAAGUGGAGCUUUGGAACAACACUAUUAGAGAUCUGCUUUGAUGGGGAAGCACCUCUACAGGGUCGUACUCCUUCUGAGAAGGAGCGCUUUUAUGAGAAGAAACACCGACUCCCUGAGCCCUCAUGCAAGGAGCUGGCCACCCUCAUCAGCCAAUGCCUCACCUAUGAGGCCAACCAGCGACCUUCCUUUCGAACUAUCCUCCGUGAUCUCACUCAGCUGCAGCCCCAGAAUCUCGUUGACAUCACCACCGUAAGCCCAGAGUUCCCAGCCUCAGACCCUACCGUUUUUCAGAAACGCUACCUAAAGAAGAUCCGAGACCUGGGAGAGGGUCACUUUGGCAAGGUGAGCCUCUACUGCUAUGACCCAACUAAUGAUGGGACAGGUGAGAUGGUGGCUGUAAAAUCUCUCAAGGCUGGCUGCAGCUCCCAACUCCUGAGCAGCUGGCAACGGGAGAUCGAGAUCCUUCGGACACUCUACCAUGAGCACAUCGUCAAGUAUAAGGGCUGCUGCAGUGACCAAGGGGAGAAGAUGGUCCAGCUGAUCAUGGAGUAUGUGCCACUAGGCAGCUUGCGGGACUACCUCCCUAAACACAGUUUGGGGCUGGCCCAGAUUCUACUAUUUGCUCAACAGAUCUGUGAGGGCAUGGCCUACCUCCAUUCCCAACACUACAUCCACCGAGACCUGGCAGCCCGAAAUGUUCUUCUGGAGAAUGACAAUACUGUCAAAAUUGGAGACUUUGGCCUGGCCAAGGCUGUGCCAGAGGGCCAUGAUUACUACUGUGUCCAGGAGGAUGGAGACAGCCCUGUCUUCUGGUAUGCCAUGGAGUGUCUCAAGGAAUGUAAGUUCUACUACGCCUCAGAUGUCUGGUCCUUUGGGGUCACCCUCUAUGAGCUGCUGACCCGCUGUGACUGCAAUCAAACCCCGCCCUUGAAAUUCAUCGAAAUGAUUGGGGUCACCCAAGGCCAAAUGACUGUGCUGAGGCUCAUUGACCUGCUGGAGAGAGGUCAGAGAUUGCCUUGUCCCAAGGAUUGUCCCAGUGAGAUCUAUCUUCUCAUGAAGAACUGCUGGGAAUAUGAGGCCUCCUUUCGCCCAACCUUCCAGAAUCUUGUUCCCCUCCUCAGGACAUUCCAUGAGAAGUACAGAAAUCAAGCACCCUCUGUGUUUAGUGUAUGCUGAAGGAGAGAGGCCUGGAGCAAUUGUGACCAGCCUGGGCUCAUCUACUGCACUAUGGGAGUGGGAAAUCUAAUUGGGGCCUUAUUGUUAGGACUCCUCAGUGAUUGGAGACUGUCUCCCCCUCUCUCCAUCAUCCUCAGUCCUGGGGGGAGUGGGACCUUAUUUAACCCCUUGAGACCCACAGGAAAGGGCCCAUGGUGGCAUCCUCAACUUUUUUUUCCCCAAUGCCAGGUGGUGCCCAGGGGUUAUAUGACUGGGGCUGCCUAGCUACUCCUCUAUCACAUACAGGUUUGAAACUCUGAAAAUAAGAGGCACUUCAGCUAAUGGGGGGACCUAACACUGUGACCUCUGCCAGCCCUCUCAGAGCUGGGAGUGAGGGGUCAGCCAGCUGUCCUCUCUCCGGAAGCCACUUGCCUUGUGCCUUGCCCCGGUCGUCCCCGUCCCGUCCCCCCCCCCUCCCGCCGCAAACACACCUCUGCCUCCCCCUCCAUCACCUCGGGACCAAUGAGGGGAAAACUCGAUGUUGUUGCCUUCUCUCCAAGAGGCCUUAACCCUCUUCUUCUGCCUUCAUCCUAACCCCUUCUGUCCCUUCCCCUUCCGGGGCAGGUUCCAUUUUGGAUGGGGAAGGAAGGAGAGAAACGUGAGCAUAAUGGAGAAUCUUCAGGGUGGAGCUCUUCUAAGCCCCUUGUCAUCUCCAUUGUACCUUCAACCCCAGUCCAGGUGCCCUCCCCCCAACUGUGUGCUCUCAGUGCCCUGCUCUACCCACAAGUAAACCCAUGUUCCUUCUGCCCACAGGAGCUUCAUCUGUGUAGGUAGAAAUGUUAGGGGUCCCUUUUUGAGCUAGGCUGAGUUGACCUAGGAAAAAGGCUAAGGACCCUGGUCUUAAGAACCAGUCAUAGGAAGCUACAGGUAAAUAUUCUUGUUUUCAAAGAUUAAAACACAGGGUCUGUCCCUCCCUGCAGUCGAUCACUCAGGCCAGAUGAGGCAGAGAAUGGGCUUAAGUCUUGAGUUCCAUUUUCCCUCUUACUUUAGCCACACUUGUUUCAUUCUCUGUAUCUCUCUCUCUCUCUCUCUCUCUCUCUCUCUAUCUCUAUCUCUCUCUCUCUCUCUCUCCUCUCUCUCCCCCCUUCCCUCCCUCCCCCUUUCCCAAUCCCCUUUCUUUACACUGGGUCCCCCGGGCUCUAAAGUGAAUCUAGGCUGGGUGUGUCUGAGAGUGUAGUUAGUCAUCAUGGUAUCACUUCCUUUCUCCAAGAAACACUGCCAUCUCCUUUUCAUUUCCCACUCAAGUCCAGCAAGCAGGUCGACUUUCUGUAAAUCAGCUUCUCCCAGAGUCUCUGACACCAGCCUCUGGUCAGGUUUGGAUUUGGGGCCCCAACGACUCAGAAAAGAAUGAUUGUGUUAUGUAACUGUGUGACAGAAAAGGAGAUUGAGAGAGGUCUCCCUAGCCAUUGAAGGCAAGGAUCUUGUCUUGUCUUGCCCACAGUACAGUGCUAACUUCACACCAAAGAGGCACUUGGGAGCGUUUGUGGUAGAGGAAGAGGAAGAGCAGGUAGGUCCCCAGCAACCGGGUCCUCUAAGGAUUAUGAUUGGUCUGCAGAUGUUAUGUAGGUUGCCUCAUGACAUAAUGCAUGAGUGUUGAAGACAACAGAAUUACAGCCAAGGUAAAGAUUUAAUUAAUAAAAAGGAAGAAGCUUCUAGGCGCCAUCCAGGUGGAUGGGACUGAGGAGGCAGCUGCCUCUGUUUAUAAUUAGAUAUCCACCCUGGCCAAAGUUUAGUGCCUUGUUUAGCUUUUGAUGAUCCCUGCUUCUAAUACUUAUACAGAGUUACGGACAUCCAUGUAUUUUGAUAUGCUUAGACUUUCCCCAGGGGCCUGUCAAUCCCCGCCCCCCACACACACACAUAGUAACUGGGGGAGGAGAGUACGGUUGGGACAGGGAAAGGAGGGAAAGUUGUAGCUGGAAUGUCUCUGGCUGGACACUGAGUGUGGCUCAAUAGAACAUCUUCAGGGAAGCCCAAGCAGCGUUGAAGGAGUGCUUAUGGAUGUGCUGGGUCAAGUUCAUACUCUGUUCACCAUCCUCAAGUUGUCUAGUUCCUCCCUCAGCCCAGAAGCUUCAGUCUCAAUCAGUGCAGUGGAAAGUUGGAUUUGGAGGCUAGGGAAGUGGAUUAAAAUUCCCAGCUCUGCUACCUCCUCUGUGUGUUACUUUGGGCAAAGCCCCAAAGUAAGCCCCUUUGAACCUCCGAUUUCUCAUCCAUAAAUUGAUCGGCUAAAUGACCUUGAAGGUUGCUUGCAGUUCUAAAUUUGAUGCUGUUGUAAGGAGUCUACCAUAUUGGAAUUCAGCAAAGCUGACAGUUGGAAGAGGGGAAAGACAAGGACAUUGAAGUAUAAAGCACUCUACAACUCAGAAAGAACCUGAGAUUUGCAUAAAUACAGACUACCCCAUGCCUUUGUCCCCAGCCACUGAGCUGCAUAAGACCCCAACCAGGGAUCUGGGAAGUGAACUGGUUGGCCAUAAUAAGUUAGGAUGAGGUUCCUCACUGAGGGAAUCUGGAUUUGAAUAAGAACAUCCUUUUGACCCAUCUGGCAGAGAUGUUACUUCCUGUGAAGAACACAACCAAACAGCCUGCUUAGACUGGACUGGCAACAGCUGCCCAGUGGGCAAGAGACUUCUGCAGGUUGGUCAGUCCACAAGUUCAGUGAGGGGCUGGUUCAACAGCAGAACAAACUACUUAAUAAGCUCAGCAGUAUAUUGUGCCAUCCACCCAGGAGUGGCAAGCAGCUUAAUCAGCCCCUCCAAUGGAGAUGCUGUACCCUAGGAGGAAUCAGCCUAGCCAUGGAGUGACUUGUUCAUCACUGUCACCAAUACUGCCCUGCAGUUGAGGAUUCUGGAAAAAAGAAAGGAUGUGAAAUUCCUGGGAUUCCAGAAUUGUGAAUUGCCUUGGCUACAUGUGUGUCUCACUACACUGUACUUUCAGUUCAUGUCUGCUUGUCCCUAACAGAGUCUAUGUAUAUUUGUGGGAGAGUGCAUCCCAGAUUUUUUUGGGGGGGAAAUGCUUUGUAACUACUGUUGUUGCUAUGCCA